AAAGAUGGUUAUCAUAAGCAAUUCCUCAAGACGCUCAUCAAUAACAAUGGAAAAACUAAAGAGUCUUGGUUUUGAUACCUCUCUCUUUGUUGGAGCCAUCACUAGCGGAGAACUCAACCAUCAACACUUACAAAGCUUCAUGUUUUAGGAAGCUUCACUUAUAUCCACUUUAAGUGGUUCUGUGUUUCGUCCACUUGGUGUGUUUGGUAGUAUGUAUCAGAAAACCCGUGCAAGUGUUCCCUUGAGAAGAGAACAGAAAUAAGGAAUGGAAAAAAGCAGCUUAUCAGUCUAAGGAGUGAGCUCCCACUUGAACGAGAGUAGUUCCCUAUAUUGUUCAGUAUUUCUGAUUCAAAUAGGUGGAUUUACAUCUUCUCAUGUGAGAAAAAGCACAUGACAUGCAUCAUAUGCAUGCUUCUGUUAUAAUGCAUUAUGACAUGCUCUGCUGGUAUUUUUUUUUUUGUUAAAUUCUAUUUCUUGAUUCAUAAUUCCUUUUUACCAAGGGUAUUGUGAUUUCCUAUAUCAUUUAGCGGCAUGAAUUGUUGAUUAAUGACUCUUUCAUGGUUUGUUUUGGAGAAUGAACCCACUCGAACCGUCUCCAUAAAUUAUUUUUGAUUACCCUUGUUUCUUUUCAAUUUUUCUUCUUCAAUUCAUGUUUACUUUUAGCUUUUGUAUGAAUGUUGGCAUGUUUAACUACAUUCAAUCCGCUCUUUAAAUGGUCCAUCCACUUCCUUUUGAUUGUGAAAAUUAUAUGAAAUACAUUACAAUGCUCAUUCUACCAUAUUGCCAUUCUUAUGUUUAUAAAUAUAUAAUUUUAGUUUUUCUCUUAUUUGUUGUGAGUUCUACUUUGAAUAGAAGGGACGAUCCUUGGUUUGCAGCAUUGGGAAGGUCUUGUAUUCAUCUGACCUGGAAAGAUCGAGGAGCAAUAUCUCUUGAGGGCCUAGACUUGCAGGUCGUGGAGAAUGUAGAAGACGCUGACUUUGUUUUGGCUCAUGGCACUGAAGCGUUGGGGAAUCCCUCUGGGGAUGCACGUCCUAUGAGUCUUCAAGACCUUGAAAGAAUAUUGGAGCUUUGUGCUUCCAAAAGAAUUCCUAUGGUGGUAGCUAAUCCAGAUUAUGUCACAGUUGAGGCAAGAAACUUGCGUGUGAUGCCUGGUACACUAGCAGCCAAGUACGAAAAGCUCAGUGGUGAAGUCAAAUGGAUGGGCAAACCUGAUAAGAUAAUCUACGAAUCCGCCAUGGCCAUGACUGGAACAAAUGUUUCUGACUGCAUAGCGGUGGGUGAUUCUCUUCAUCAUGAUAUCAAGGGUGCUAAUGCGGCAGGAAUCGAAUCUCUUUUUAUCACUGGUGGGAUUCAUGCUGCGGAACUUGGACUUCAAAGAUAUGGUGAAGUUGCGGACUUAUCGUCUGUGCAAUCGCUUGCAAUGAAGCACAAUGCUCUCCCAUCUUACGUGUUGCCUGGAUUCACAUGGUAGGAUCUUUUUGCACGUGAGCUGAACGAGUGUUCUAUUUAUAGUGUCCUGUGUUUGUAAUUUUGUUGGAUUUGAAUCAUUCUUCACAUUUCAUUCGCUAUAAUAAAUGAAACCUCUUAAUUAACAAUA